AUGCCGUCGUCUUCCUUACAGGGUCUGACGACCACAAUAACGAUCAAGCCGAUAACGUCCGAGGCCGACAUCCCCGCCUGCGCAACUGUUGCCGACGCAGCAUUGAAAGCGGAUGGCCUUCACGAGUUUCGGAGACGGUACAGCAAGAAUGUUUACGAUAACACCGUCGAGAAGUUGACCGACGCGCUACGAGACGAUCGGGGCCGGUUCUUUCUAUUCAAGGCCGUUGUGUCACCCGCUCGUACUGCCCAGACAGCGAACACAGAAGCUCAAGAGGAAACCAUUGUCGGCUUCACGCUGUGGCGCAAGGGAUACGUCGAGGUUCCUAAGAUGGACCCGUUUGCUCCAAAGAAAGAGACAACGGAGAGCGCAACCACAGAUACAAGUACCAUCAACGUGCCAAUCACAGAGGGCGUCAAUGCUGAAAGCGCCGUCGACAUCCAAACCAUACCGACUACUCAGAUCAGCGGCGACGGCGCGACUGGUCCAGCAACCAAACCAAAACCAUUUUAUGCAAACCCGGACGCCGAGGUGGCUCGGAAACUGGGCAAUGCGUACAUCGGCGCCAUCAGAGGGAAGAGACAUUUGUAUCUACAUUGGUUAUCAAUCCAUCCAUCAUACCAACGGCAGGGCAUUGGACAGAAGCUACUCGACUGGGGCAUUGAAGUUGCCGACAGGGAAAACAUCGUUGCAUGGUUGUUUGCGCGACCGGCCGGGAUCAGGCUGUAUGAGCGUAACGGCUGGAAAGCCGUGUUGACCAUCGACGUCGACGUCCCUGAUGAGGAUCUGACGGUGGCUCCUGUGGUGGCCAUGUUGAGGGUCCCUACAAGGCAACGACAGUGA